AUGUCAUCCGUGAAGAAACCUAUGCGCCUGCCGCCCCUCAAGGCACUGCGCGUCCGCAACCCCGAUGUCAAGGAGGUGAACCCGUGUCUGGCAGUUAUGAGCUCAGUUCUCGCAUGCUGGGCUUCGGCAGGCUACACAGCACAGGGCUGCGCUGCUCUCGAGCAAUCUCUUCGUGCAUGCAUGGACGGCCCACCAGCCCCGAAGCCAAAGAAGAGCGAGAUCAACUACCACCUAUCUCGAAUGUACCCCAAGAUCGUCGGGCCGAGGAAGUUAAACAAGUGA